UGUUAUACCAGUUAUACAAUUUAUGCGAUUUAUGCUGUCAACGGAGACGUAGAAGUUCCAGAAAAGUAAGAAAAUGGCUUCGUGGAUGUCGGCGAGAAUUAUUAUAAGUCCCGUUGUGCAGCGAACAAUAAAGCAGAUUUUAUUUGCGGGGGAAAUUACCAAAUAUCAACAUACUGUAAAGGUGGCUAAGUGGAUCCUUCCAGCAUCAAAUUUUCAGCGCUGUUAUGCCUCAGAGAAGAAGGUGUAUAGUCGUGACAAACCACAUUGCAAUGUAGGAACCAUUGGCCAUGUUGAUCAUGGGAAAACAACCCUUACGGCAGCUAUUACAAAAGUUCUAGCAGACAAGGAACUUGCGAAGUUGAAGGGCUAUGCAGAAAUCGAUAAUGCCCCAGAAGAAAGGGCUCGUGGUAUCACUAUUAAUGUCGCUCAUGUUGAAUACCAGACACCAAAUAGACACUAUGGCCACACAGACUGCCCUGGACAUGCAGAUUACAUAAAGAACAUGAUUACUGGUACAGCCCAAAUGGAUGGAGCAAUCCUUGUUGUUGCUGCAACUGAUGGAGCUAUGCCACAAACAAGAGAACACUUGCUGCUUGCAAAACAGAUUGGAAUCAAUCAUAUUGUUGUAUACAUUAAUAAGAUCGAUGCAGCUGACCAGGAGAUGGUCGACUUGGUAGAAAUGGAGAUACGAGAACUGCUGACAGAGAUGGGCUAUGAUGGAGACAAUGUUCCUGUUGUAAAGGGGUCAGCAUUAUGUGCUCUUGAAGGCAAAAAUCCAGAUAUUGGUGCUGAUUCAGUGCUGAAGUUGUUGGAAGCAGUAGACAGCCACAUACCAACACCAGUAAGAGAUCUUGAUAAACCAUUUCUUCUUCCAGUCGAACAUGUAUAUUCUAUAGCAGGCCGUGGAACUGUCGUGACAGGGAGAUUAGAAAGAGGUGUUAUUAAAAAGGGCAAUGAGUGUGAGUUCAUCGGGCACAACAGGACCAUGAAGAGCACAGUUACAGGCAUUGAAAUGUUCCACCAAAUCCUAGAAGAAGCGCAAGCAGGUGACCAGUUAGGCGCAUUAGUCAGAGGGGUAAAGAGAGAAGAUGUUCGUCGGGGGAUGGUGAUGUGUAAACCAGGCUCAAUUAAGGCCCAAGAUAAUGUUGAAGCACAGGUUUACAUUUUAAAUAAGGAAGAAGGAGGUCGAGCUAAACCUUUCACAUCAUACAUUCAGCUGCAGAUGUUCUCAAGAACGUGGGAUGUUGCGGCACAGAUCAUUGUUCCAGACAAGGAAAUGGUUAUGCCAGGAGAAGAUUCUAAAUUGGUUUUGAAACUGAUUAAACCCAUGGUUUUGGAACAGGGCCAGAGGUUUACCCUUCGAGAUGGUGCAUUGACUCUGGGAACUGGUGUAGUGACAAAAGUGAAUCCAGCUCUUACUGAGAAAGAGAGAAUAUCCCUUGUAGAAGGAAAGAAGGCACGCCAGGUGGCACAGGAGAACUGAAAUAAUAGGUUGCUGACCAGAAGUGAUUAUUAAGCAGAAGCCAUUAGUAGGUGGCAUGUAAUUGAAAUCGACAGUGUUUUGAACAAGUUGAAUGGAGUCAGAGAGAGAAUUCAUUCAAUACUAUUGUUUUUACAAAUGCAUGGCUUCCAGAAAAGUUAAUAUUUAUGGGAGUCAGCUUGCUAUGUCUGCUUGGUCAGUGCAUUUUGUUAACCAGUGAAUGUUUAAAAUUCAUUCUUGAAUAUGUCUGUGUACACACACAAUCACAUGUUAUGACCAGUCUUGUUAGCUUUAUUUUGAUGAUACAUACUAGUUUCACAAUUUUUGGUUUAUUGGUAUAGUGACUAGGUUACAAGCUGGAUGACUGAGAAAUUAACGUUAAAAUCGUGGCAGGGCCAAGAGAUUUUUCUCUUCUACAUGGUGUUAAGACUGGCUGUGGGGCCUCCUGAGUCUGCUGUACAAUCAGUGCCAGGGACUGUGGAAUGGCUGUAAAGUUGACGACUUAUCUCUGUCCUUUGUUAAG